UCGACUACACUAUUACAUCCCUAAUUCAGGUUACACAAAAACAAUGAGGCGUCCUGUGGCACCAUAGAGACUAACAGAUUUAUUAGGGCGUAAGCAUUCGUGGGUAAAACGCUCUUCAUCAGAUGAAUUGGAGUGGAAAUAAGAGGCAGGAAUAUAUAUAAUGAAGAAUUUGCUUGUGUUAAUGAGGCUAAUCAAAUCAGGGUGGAGAUAUAAAUGUCCAGAGACAGGGAAAUUGCCUUUGUAAUGUGUUAACCAGUUGAGAUCUUUAUUCACUCCUAAAUUGAUAGUGUUGAAUUUGGAAAUGAAUUCCCGUUCAGUGUGUUUUCAAAUUCUUUUGCAGAAAGCUGGCUACUUUCAAAUCCAGUGCUGAAUGUCCAGGGAGGUUAAGGUGUUCCCCUACUGGUUUAUGUAUGUUACCAUUUAUCCUUUGGUGCAAAGACUGUCUGGUUUGGCCAGUAUAUAUAGCAGAGUGGCUUUGUGGCAUUUGAUGGCAUAUUUCACAUUAGUAGAUGUGCAGGUGAACGAGCCCCUGAUCGUGUGGCUUAUGUGGUUAGGUUCUCUGAUGGUAUCACUUGUAUAGAUAUGUGGACAAAGUUGGCAACAAGGUUUGUUGUAGGAAUAAUGUUUCUGUGUUGUGUUGGGUGGCUGCUGGUGAGUAUUUGCUUCUGGUUGAGGAGCUGUCUGUAGGUGAGGACUGGCUUAUUUCCCAAAGUCUGUGAGAGUUGGGGAUCGUUUUCCAGGACUGGUUGUGGAUUGUCAAUGAUGCAUUGGAGGGGUUUUAGCUGGGAGUUGUAGGUGAUAACCAGUGGUGUUCUGUUGUUUACUUUGGGCCUGUCCUGAAGCUGGUGAUUUCUGGGUACUCAUCUGGCUCUGUCAAUCUGUUUCUCCUUUUCCCCAGGUGGAUAUUUAAUGCUUGAUGAAGAUCUUAUAGGUGUUUGUCUCUGUCUGAAGAAUCAGAGCAGAUACGGUUGUAUCGUAGGGCUGUAGAUAAUAGGUUGUGUGAUGUGUCCUCGAUGGAAGCUAGAGGCAUGUAAGUAAGAGUGGCAAUCAGCAAGCUUCUGGUAUAGCCUAUGUGACAAUCAUUUAUUUAUACUGUAGUUUUCAGGAAGUGGAUCUCUUGUGUGGAUUGAUCACAACCAACAUUAAAGCAUGGUUGCGGUAGCCCUUUCAUAUUGCUGCUCCUUUUGCUCCUCCCCUGCUUCUCAUCGGCCUCUCUACUGGCAGGGAUGCUGACAGAGGGGAACAAAAGGGGUAAAUGCUCAGGGACCCGGAAAUUUAAAAGUGCCUUAGGCUCCCAGCCACUGCUGAUGCAGUCCUUGGGCUCCUGGCCACCAGCUGCAGUGGUAGCCAUGAAGGGCUGGCUGUUGGAAUCGGGUCUCUUAGCUCUGUUCCCUUCUGCUCAAGACACUGCCCCCUUCACUUUGCUCAGGAUUCUGGUGUACCAAUAAGUCCAGGCACUUAUUUUAACCUGAUUAAGAACUCUGUUCUACUAAGUUGAACUUGAGCUGAGUGAGGCAGCUAAAGGAAUUUCAAGAGAGACAGGCUGGCUUAUUAAGAGAAAAGGUGUCAGGUCUGGAGUGGUGUGGUAGCUCUGUGCGUUGUCAGCAUAGAGAUGGUAGUUUUGUAUGACUAAUGAGAUUGCCCAAGAUAAGAUUAAAAAAGGGGCCCAGCGACAAAACACUGUGGAACUCCUAACUGAAUGUUGGAGGGACGAUGAGGAUCCUCCAAAGGAUGGACUGAAGGAGCAAUAAGUGAGGUUGGAGGAGAACCUUGCAAGGACAGUCACAGAAACCAAGGAAGGACAAGAUUUCAAAAAGAAGAGCGUAGUUGAUGGUGUCAGAGGCAGCUGAGAGGUCAAGGAGGAUAAAGGGGAAUUCCGAAAUGAUUUCUUAGAACUGCUCAGGAGACGAUUUGGAACUAAAAGAGUCCACAAUAACAUUGUGUACAACGAAUAUAUCAGCCAUCGAGAACACAUCCACAUGAAUGCCACUCAGUGGGAAACCCUAACUGACUUUACUAAAUGGUUAGGGAGAGAAGGCUUCUGCAAAGUGGAUGAGACUCCUAAAGGCUGGUAUAUCCAGUAUAUUGAUCGGGAUCCAGAAACUAUCCGUAGACAGCAAGAACAAGAGAAGAAGAAGAAACAGGACCUUGAUGAUGAAGAAAAAACUGCUAAAUUCAUUGAAGAGCAAGUUAGAAGAGGCUUGGAAGGGAAAGAACAGGAAAGACCUAUCUAUACUGAACUAAAUAGAGAAAGUGAAGAAGAGAAAGUUGCAUUUAAUUUAAACAAAGGAGCAAGUACUUCAGUAGCAGCACCAUCUAAAACAAGCAGUGCGCUUGGACCGAAUGCACUGAAGAUGGUGGGAGGAGCAGGGUCAGUUAAACGGAAAGAAUCUGCUCACAGCUCCGGUCAAUCAAAAGAGAAGAAGAAGAAAUCGGCACUGGAUGAGAUUAUGGAGUUUGAGGAAGAGAAGAAAAGAACAGCCCGGACAGAUUACUGGUUGCAACCUGAAAUUGUUGUAAAAAUUGUAACAAAAAAGCUUGGUGAGAAGUAUCAUAAGAAGAAAGCAGUUGUUAAGGAGGUAAUUGACAAAUACACAGCAGUGGUAAAGAUGAUUGAUUCUGGAGACAAACUGAAACUUGACCAGACACAUCUGGAGACAGUAAUACCAGCACCAGGAAAAAAAGUUCUGGUUUUAAAUGGAGGUUACAGAGGAAAUGAAGGUAUCUUGGAAUCUAUAAAUGAGAAGAACUUCUCAGCAACAAUAAUAAUAGAGUCUGGACCUUUAAAAGGACGGAGAGUUGAGGGUAUCCAGUACGAAGACAUUUCCAAACUCCUCUGAGACUCACAGCAGUGGCUUAAAGCUGACUCCUUGGAAACAUCAAAUUGGUGUCCUCUAUGCAGACACAUGAGACUCUACUAUGUCAGGGUUUUUAAAUUUGUGUAUAUAGAGAAAAACAACCUAGGUUUAUGUAAAGACCACUAUAAAUGUGUUAACAUUUGUGAAAAUCUUGUCUAAACUGAUUCUGUAUCAAAGUUGUAUUUAUGUUGUAAUACUUUAAUUUGUUUUCCUUUUGUAAGAUUAGGUGGUAGCUGUGUGCUGGAAUGGGUUACUUACUUAACUAUGCUAAACAUUUUAUAAAACGUUGCCAACUGGAAAGGGCCACUUGAGGCAGGUACUCUACAUAACAUGGUCUAUAGUUUGCAUAACACGCUUCUGGACCUGCUGCCAAAACAGAAUUGUGGCUUUGAGAACAAAUGAAGAGAUUAAAAGAAAAGCAGGAAGGCAUUAGUACUGUAGGGGAUUAUUUUUCCUGGGGUUUGAUGAUGUGUAUAUAAGAAUGGUCUGGCUUAUUCGUUUUAAAGCAAGUGCAACAAAUUACAGUAAAAUCUGCUUAAUCAGUACUCUAAGGCCACACCCGCCGUCAGAACCUGAUCUUGCCAUCACUUGUGUUCCCGUUACUGAUCAUGGCUUGACUUGCCUCUGUAGUGACUCCAACACUUCACCCUUCAGUGGCAUGACUUAUGGGUUAGUGUGCAUCUGUGAAUCUGCACAGCAAAGAAAUGGCACACCUACUUGUCUGCAUGUCUGCUCAGUUAAUGGAGAUGAACUGAUGGUGGUUCUGGCAUAGAUUCCCCAGGGUCUAAUCCUUUGUUCACCUUAAUGUUGCUGUCCUGCUCUAUUGUGGAUCCCAAAUGAGUCACUUUUCUUUUCUUUGAAUAGUUUUUAAAAUGUGUAACAUUUUGUACACCACUCGUUUUUAAAGCAAUUUACGGAAUAAAAGCACACUUCUCUCAGCACAAUGCAUUCCUGAAAAGCCUCUGGAUAAUCAGCACUGUUGUCAGCUGGUGCUCUCCAGUGAAUCAAGCCACACUUCCCGAUGCAUGUCUUGUCUUAUUGGCUGAAAUAACUAAAGUGCCGUGCGAAGAGGCUGAAAUGUUACAUCAUGGGUUGAUAUGUCUCUGAUUACAUCUCACAUGUUCUUGGAGCAUGAUGUAGGAAUGAUCUUGAUUCAACUAAAAUACCGAUAGCGAGCAAAUCCCUCUAUUGCAGGGGUGUGCAAUAAUUUUUAAUGGGAGGCCACUCCAUGAUUUUGGCAAGUGGUCAAGGGCUGCACUUUUGUGGAGGAGGUGCGGGAUCUGAGAUGGCGAGUGGGAUGUAAAAGGAAGCUUGGGAUAGAGGACUGGGGUGCAGGAGGGAGUGUGGGGUUUGAGAGGGUGUU